CCCCAUAGGAAGAAGAGUUGAAUUUUUAUUUUAUUUUAUUUUCCUUUUGGAAGUGGCGGCAUUUGUCACAGUUUAUUCCCAUGUUUAUCUGUAAGAAUGACUGUUGCCUUGUACCGAUUCAAAACGAACUUUUUAGUAAGACACACACAACUGGGAUACUGUGGUAUAUUCUGUUCUUCAGCAUAUAUCUAAAUUAGUUGUUGCUGCUUUUUUUUUUAGGCUGAUUGAUAACAACAACCAGAACCCAUAAACAGUUACUCAAAGUUUCUUCCUUUUUUUUUUUUUUUUUCCAAUUUUCCACACAAACAAGUCCCUGGAGAAAAGCAGAAAGUCUAGAACCAACGGAAUUGGAAGAGGGAAAAGAAACAGAGGGACAAAUGAAUUGAAAGAAGUUGUCUUGCUAUGUUUGGAAACUUGGAGAAUGGUUUAAUGGGUAGUGGGAUUUGGGGAGGGUCUUAUUGGCCUCUCUGAAUUCCCAUAGCCUUUGUUUUAGUCUCCUUUUUGCUGGGUGCUGGUGAUCAUCAUCACUCUGCUCUCUACUUUUGCUUGUUUUGGACUGCAACCAGACAAAAAGUGAGAAAAGAUUUCAGAAAGUGAAGCCUUUCAUUAGCCCUGAAGGUUUGGUUGCUUUGUUGGGGGGUUCUUUGGGCUGGUGCUGUGAUAUUGGUGUGACCCUUUUGGGGAUUUCUCCCUUGAUGAGCUGCAAAAAAUGGUUUAAAAGCUUAAAGGCUCUCUGGGCUCCCUAAAGGAUCACACCGACAUGGUUUUUGCUACAUGCAUGGGAACAGAAGUAUCUUUCUCAUUGCUAAGUUUGAUGACUUUGUGUUACUUCCUUGGAAGUGGUACUAUUGCUUAUUGAAGAAUCGUGGCUGCGAACCGUCAUUGUCAUUUCAUACUAUUUUACCUGAGGCUAAUCAUUAUAAUCAGCAGGGUGGAUCUCACUGAAUUUUUGGCUUCUUUCUAGGGCAAAUCUCCUUUGGCAAUAUAUUACUAGUCUUGGAAGAACAAAAAAGUUCCUUUCAGACUGCAAUAUAUACUUUCUUUUUGUUCUUUUGCGGCAUAGCUCAUUUGGGCAAAUCUCCUUUGGCAUAUUUGUACCUUCCUGUGGCUGACCUGAGGUUACCAACAUUACUUGAGGUGGACUUGCAACUGUUCAGAAACUAUCAUUUUGCUCCAUCAAGUAUUCGUUUACUUCGGCUUUCAGCAACAGGAAUCUCUGUGACGCGAUCUUUGUAUCAGUCACUAAAACUUUCUCUGGUAGCUUUUACCAGUGGGAUAGUUCGUCCAUAGACUGGGCAAAUCUCCUUUGGCAAUUUUAAGUCUAUACAGACUUUCAGGGGUAAAAUCUCUGGCAUUUUGAGGUCCAACUCUAACUUGGACUUCAGGGGCAAAUCUCCUUUGGCAUUUAUCUCCAAAUUCUUGGAGAGAUCACGAUCGUUGUGUUGUAAGAUCCUACUGAUCACCGAGCAACAUCGUAGUAUAUAUAUUUCUGCUCUUCUUUUGUAACUUGGAAGGUUGCUGAUCCUAAUCUCAGUGAUCCCAUAUCAAGAUUUCAAUUCCCUCCUAUAGAAGCAAGUGGUCACCACCAAAUAUCUGGAUUCUGUAUCAUGGAUUUGGACAUCAGUGACUUUGACAGCUUCAGUGAAAGCAGUAUCAGCGAGGAUCAGGAUGAUGUAGAAUUUAUGUACAGUGGACAUGCGUGUUCAAUUCUUUCAAGUCUUGAGGAAACUAUCGGCAAAAUCGAUGAUUUCCUCUCAUUUGAAAGGGAAUUCAUUGUUGGCGACGUUGUCUGCACAGCAAAAGAUCCAUAUGCUCAGAUGGGCAAGGUGGUACAUGUAGAUAUCUCUGUGGAUUUGGAGAGCAUCCAUGGAAGGAAAUUGCAUGACAUUGAUUCAAAAAUUCUAAAAAGGAUCCGUUCUGUUUCGGUGGGGGAUUAUGUGGUAAGCGGCUCUUGGGUUGGAAAAGUGCAAAAAAUUAUUGAUCGUGUCAUUGUCCUCUUUGAAGAUGGUACAAGGUCUGAGUUCUCCACUUUGGGCCCUGAGAAACUUGUCCCUAUAUCACAAGAUUUACUUGAAGAUUCUCAGUAUCCUUUUUACCCAGGGCAGAGAGUGCUUGUGGAGACUGUAUCUGAUUCCAAAUCAACAAGGUGGCUGUGUUGUGUGAAAAAUAAUAACAGAACUCGAGGGACUGUAUAUUCUGUGGAUGCUGGACUGGUGUAUGUUAAUUGGCUUAGCUGUCAGAUGGAUGGUUUGGAAAAGAUAUCUUCUCCUCCAUGCUUACAAGAUUUUAAAAACUUAACCUUGUUACCAUGUCCCACACAAGCUAAUUGGCAGCUCGGUGACUGGUGUGUAAUUCCAGUUAUCGACUGCAAGACAGUUAAAAAACAUGGUUUUUUGACAGCACCAGCUUGCGGAAUCAUUGGAGGAGAGGAAAAACUAGAAUUCCGUCGACAGGGGAACUCAGCUCCAGAUAUCCAGGAAAUCGCUGCUAUCACCAAAACAAAAACUAAAGUUGAUGUGCUAUGGCAAGAUGGCAGCCAUUCAGUUGGUCUAGAUUCGCAUUCUCUGUUACCUGUUAGUGUCAUCGAUGCUCAUGAGUUUUGGCCAGAGCAGUUUGUUCUAGAGAAGGGGUUGAAUGAUGGUCUAAUGCUUCCCAGCGUCCAUAGGUGGGGAGUUGUCAAAUUGGUGAAUGCUAAAGAACGAACCGUGAAGGUUAAGUGGAGCACUGUUUCUGUGGAUCAACCAACCGCUGUUAAGUUAGAACCAACAGAGGAAAUUGUGAGUGCAUACGAAUUGGUUGAACACCCAGACUUUUCUUACUCUUUGGGUGAUGCUGUUCUGAGGCUGCAAAGGUGUUGUUCUCAUCAAAAUAAUUUCGGAACCCACUCAAUGUCAAGAGAUGCCACAGGCGUAGACACUGAUGAAAAGAAUAAGCACAGUUGCAAGGAUCUGAAUGCACUCUCCAAUGAUUUCUUAUCCUGCAUUGGUACUGUUACUGGCUUGAAAGAUGGACAGGUUGAAGUCAAAUGGGCUAGUGGUGCUACAUGCAAGGUGGCUCCUUACGAGAUCUACCAAGUUGAUAAAUGUGAAGGUCUCUCUGACACGGUGACAUCCUUCAGCCAACGUGAACCAUCAAGUGAGGACAUCAUGUUGCCGGUCACCCAAUCUCUUGAACAAAGGGGAAAGGAGAGCUCAAGUGCCAAAGACCAGAAUGAAGAAUGUAAAAAAAGUACAUGGAGCCCCAGCUCCUCUUCUUUUCCUCAAUCAGCCGUUGGGCUUUUUGCAAGUAUCAGCUCGACCCUAUUUGGUUCCCUUGGUACGUCACUAUUUGGGUCAUAUAGACAUUUACCGGAAGCUGGAGAAACCACUUUGACUUGUAGUGAUGAGAACGAAUUGGAGCUUUAUGAUAUGCAUCCAACCGGCAGUUCACCUGUUGUUGAUAACUCAGAGGUGGUUGAGGAAGCAGGUUUAGGGCAGAACAUCAAAGAAGCUGAUGGGAAAAUGGAUCCUGCCCCCCUAUCUAGCAGCAACCGUCCUGAACUCUUCAGGCAGUUUGAUAUGGUUAAUGAUUGCUCUGACCAUCACUUUGUUGAUGGUGCUGGAAAUGGCACACAGUAUAGUCAGAGUAACCGAGUUUGGCUUAGAAAGGUCCAGCGAGAGUGGAGCAUUCUGGAAAAAGAUCUUCCUGAAACAAUCUUCGUCCGAAUAUACGAGGAAAACAUGAAUUUACUUCGGGCUGCUAUCAUCGGGGCCCCUGGAACUCCAUAUCAUGAUGGACUGUUCUUUUUUGACAUAUUUCUUCCCUCAGAAUAUCCUUACCAGCCACCAGUGGUUUACUACAAUUCGGGAGGACUUCGUGUCAAUCCUAACUUGUAUGAAUCUGGAAAGGUCUGCUUAAGUCUUCUUAAUACGUGGACUGGCUCUGGAAGUGAAGUUUGGAAUCCUGAAAAAUCCACAGUCCUUCAAGUUCUCCUAUCUCUCCAAGCCCUCGUACUAAAUGAAAAACCUUACUUCAACGAGGCUGGAUACGAUUCUCAAGUGGGGAAAGCCGAGGGUGAGAAAAACUCGGUGAGCUACAAUGAAAAUGCAUUUCUUGUAAGCUGCAAGUCAAUGUUAUAUGUGCUACGCAAGCCACCAAAGCAUUUUGAGGCACUUGUAGGGGAGCACUUCCGUCAACGGUACAAAAGUAUUCUAGCUGCAUGCAAGGCAUACAUGGACGGGGCACCAGUAGGUUUUCCAUUUGGAAAUGAGAAAACUGAUCAAAUCGGAAGCUCCACGGGCUUCAAGAUCAUGCUUUCCAAGCUUGUCCCCAUACUGAUCGAGGCAUUUUCUGAAAAGGGUAUGCUUUGCAAUGAAAUGUGAAACCAGUCCGAAUAGCUUUCCAUUAGUAAAUGGAAUGUGUGUUUUGUCCAUUUAUAUUGGCACCAAUAACAGCUUAUGUGGUUGUUGCGGUGUUGAUCUAUGAAUGAAAUGUGUAAAUACAAGAAAAAGAAAAACAUGGUUUCAGUAAUGGAAACAGUUAGUGUGGUGAGAAUGUUUAUGUAAUCAGCAUGUACUUAGAGAUACAAUCCUCAAAACUCUUCAAGUUCUGUAUCAUAUGAUUGGCUUGCAAUAAAAAUCCCAGUCAACCCUAAAAAAAAAGGAUAACCAGAAAACUGUAAUUCUUGCAGUUUCUGGGAAGAUGUGCUGCAACAGCUAGUUGACUGGUGGAGUGUGUGAUAUGCUUUCUUCUUCUUCUCUUUUUUUUUUCCUAAUCAUUUUCACUGUCAUAACUUAUCACAUUUAAGGACACAAGUUUUUUAGCAUCCAAGCUUGAUACCUGCACUUGUAUAAUUUGCAAGUUGAGCUGAUUGAUGAUAUUUAAGGAGUCAGGUCUAAGGUUGAUGUUGCUGUGGCAUCUUUAUCCUCGUCAUUGUUUGAAAGCUCUUCUUCAUCGACCGUUCUUUCAAACUGCACUUCUGGAUCGCCUUUACAAGGCAUAAAUAUAAAAUGAGUUGACAAACAAACAAAGCCUGACUUUCUAAAUAAAUGAUCAAGAAUGUCCAAAAAAAUCAUUCUAGAAUCUCUUGCUACAGCUGCGAAAAAUAUACAAG